AUGUCCGCACACCGGGCCAGCCAGCCCGAGCAGGUGCGAGAGUUCGGGUCUCGCCUGGUCGUGCUAUGCCUUCUCGCCGCCCACGUGUGGCGCGACGAAGAGAUCAACCUCAUCGCCGCUCUGCAGGCCCGCUGCCUCAACCUGGUCCUGCUCGUCUACCAGCGCCGACCACGUCUCGCCUCCUGCCCCCUCUGGCGCAACCGAACCAACCACCCUGCCGCACCACCGGCGGUCUUGGUCCUGACGGAGAGCCUGGCCCAGAUCCGCGCCGACACCCUGGCCGCAGGCGGUGAUGAAGUCGUGCCGCUCACGAUUCGAGCCUGGGCUGCGCUCAGCCUUGGCCACCUGCGAACGGCCUUUGAGUCGGGCUUGGCCUCGUUCGGUGGCCUGUCGGAGGAGCAUCUCGACCUCCUGACUCAGGCCGAGCUGGGCAAGCGGUACGAGGUAUCGUUCGACGUCGCGGAGCGCCACUUCGAGUGGGCAGAGGUGACCAAGGUCUACCCGUCGGAAAACCAGCCCAAGCGGCUGCUGUGCGGCCCGGAGCCGGUGCGCAGGUUCAUCUGGAAGCAGGGGGACAACAUCUACCACGACCAGGUGUGCCUGGGCAUGAUGCGCGCCUUCAACGAGAUCUGGCGCGCCCUGGGCACCACCGUGACCUGGCGCGACCAGAGCGGGCGUGUGCACGCAGAGCCCAUCCGGUGUCGCAUCUACGACGUCUACCCGCUCGAGGGCAUGCCGGUCCUGCGCACGGCCCUCAUCGAACACGUGCUUGGCACCACCAUCGCGCCGCUGUGGGACCGCAACAUGCUCGGCCUGUCGUAUCGUACCGUGUGGAACGACUACGCCUCGUACGACGAUACGUCGGGCAACUCGUACACGCUCAAGCUGGCCACGUCAGUGGGCUCGUUCAUCGCGUGCUACGUGCUGGCCGUGGCCGACCGCCACCAGGACAACAUGAUGCUCGAUGCCGCGGGCGCCUUCUUCAACAUCGACUUCCAGUACUGGGGCGGCGAGACGACCUUCCCCGACACCGGCGACCUGCCGCUGCCGUGGGGCUUCGUCACCAUGCUCACCCAGUCGGGCAUGUGGCCCGAGUUCGUGGAGCUGUGCUGGCAGGCCCUCACGGCGCUGCAGGCCUUCGCCGAGCCGCUGCUCGCGCUGCUGGCCGAGAAGAUGGCGCUCAACCCCGAGCACCAGCGGAAGACGCUGGCGACGGUCGGCGGCUAUCUGGACCCGAUCGCGAAGGAGCAGUUCGUCGAGCGGCUGCGCAAAGGCAAGUAUCUCGCGCUGCCCAAGACAGUGCUCCACCACUUGGCUCAAGAAUACAAGAAGAAGAAAAAGAUGAAGGAGCAGCAGCAAUCGUGA